ACUAUACACAGUUAUUCUUUACUAUACACCACAACAACAAGGAACAGUGUACACUCUUUAUACUCUAGUUGAGACCUUUGUAAUAUUAGAGUUAAACCAUGUAAGAAUUUAACAGGGCGGAGAAAAUCUUCAGACCUUGCUCUGUGUCCUGUUAAACAGGAGAAUAAAACAGGGUACAGAAUGAGUUUGCUGCUCUCUAACUCCUCGUGAUGUCCGGAGAAGUAAAGUGAUAUCUUCUAGGAUAAGUUUAAUCCCCCUCUCAUCCCCCGCCAAACAAUGACGAGUUACUCGUCCCUCUUGUCAGCCUUGAACCCGUCCUUUCACUUGCUCAUCGUCCUCUUCAUUCUAGUCUACUCUCCCGUACCAACCUCGCAGCUUAGAUGUUAUACAGACCUGGAGGCAAAUAAAGCUAACUCUGUAGAGUGUGGAAUGAAUACUGGUUGUUUAAAGAUCUACAAGAAAGCUCAAGGGUUUGAUGAGGAAAAUAAAUUUAUCCCUCUGGAGAAAAGAGGAACAGAUAUUGAACUUUUUAGAGGUUGCUUUCUGGUAUCUGUACCAGAUACAUGCUAUGAAUCAUCCACUUCUAAACUAUCCUACUGCUGGUGUUCUCACAGAGAUCUUUGCAACAAUACAGGUCGCCCAGCCCCUCUCGGAAACCUGAAGUUUUUCGUCCUGGCUAUCUUCGUCUUUCAAUUAGUUCUUCAGUUCCUGUAGUCUAAACUCCUGUUAUAUAGUAUAAAUCAUGCAUUAUGUAUACUGUGUAGACUUAACACUCGUGGUUCAAUAGUCUCAACUUUCUGGGUUCUAUAGUCUCAACUCUUCAUGGGUUCUAUAGUCCAAACUCUUCAAGUUCUACAGUCUCCCCUGGUUCUAUAGCUUCAACUUCCGGGUUAUAUAGUCUUAACUCUCCGGGUUAUACAGUAUCAACUCUCCGGGUUAUAUAGCAUCAACUCUACGGGUUCUAUAGUCUCAACUCUUUUGGUUCUAUAGUCUCAAUUCUCCGGGUUCAAUAGUCUCAACUCUCCGGGUUCAAUAGUCUUAACUCUCCGGGUUCUAUAGUCUCAACUCUCCGGGUUCUAUAGUCUGAACUCUCCGGGUUCUAUAGACUCGCUGGGUUGUAUCUUCACUCUUUGGGGCUUAAUGUCUUAACUCUCUGAGACUCUUGCUGUACUUUUUUUACAGUGUACAUGCUACCACCUUUAAGCAACAUUUGUAUACAGUGUAUAUACACAAUGCAUAUUUUAUACUAUGAAUGUAAAAUACUGCAGAUCUCCUAAAAUAUUGCCAGUUCAUAAUUUUAUUCGAUGCAAAUAUAGAGAAGAAUCAUGGCCUGCAAAAUAAUAGCUUUAUUUUCGCUAAAAAACCUUCGUAAACCGUAUUACAGAAUAUUGAAAUCUGUUUCUUUCAAGUUUUCAGCGAACACACGUUAAACUCCUUGUAAGAAGACCUGUGCAUGUAAAUAUAUAAAUGCAAAACCACCCUCCCUCCACCCUAAUCUUCACUCUGCUUACAUAACUUGUAAAUACAUUUUUAAUUAUUUUUUAAUAAAUAUAAAAAUUGGA